AUGGAGACCUUCAUUGCAAACUCCAACGUGAGCCAUUCUCACACCACCUUCCUCCUCGUUGGGUUCUCUGGCAUCACAGACCACCGGAACUUGUUAGUCAUUCCAUUUCUUCUCACAUACUCACACAUACUGCUCAGUAAUUGUAUCAUGAUCUACAGGAUCUUAGUGGAUACGACUCUACAAUCUCCUAUGUAUCUGCUCAUCUGUCUCCUGUUUCUUGUCAAUGUUUCCUGCACCACUACCUUCAUGCCAAAGUUUCUUUUGGGUUUGGCUUUUGACCUGAACCAUAUCACCUUAAAUGGCUGUCUAGUGCAGAUGUGGUUCAUCUAUGUCAUCGUCACGUUUGAGUCCACCGUCAUCUUGCUAAUGGCUCUGGACAGAUACAUUGCCAUCUGUAAACCUUUGCGCUACCAUGACAUCAUGACCAGUCGGUUUCUAACCCAACUGAUUUUGGCUAGUGUGGCAAGAAGUGUCCUGUUCAUAACACCAAUCAUUUAUCUCGACUCGAGGGUCAAGUUUUGUAAAUCCAAUAUUAUUCUUAAUUUUGUUUGUGAGAACAUGGCACUCCUGAAACUGAGCUGCGGGGACAUCUCCAAAAUCCAGGCCAUAGGUCUGACCGUGAGGAUGAUGAUAACAGUGGUUGAAGGGAGUCUUCUUCUGAUCUCCUACCUCACCAUCCUCCAUACAGCUAUGUUUGUCCUUAAACAGUCAAUGGGCAAAGCCCUGAACACAUGCAGCUCUCACAUCAUGGUGGCGUUAAUGAUCUAUGCCAGUAGCGUAUUAUCGGCACUCAUAUACCGACUAGAGACAUCAGUCUCAGUAGAUGUACAGAACCUAACCAGUGCAAUCUACUUUCUGCUCCCUGCCACCAUCAACCCAAUCAUCUAUGGUGUAAGAGUCAACGAGAUCCGGCUUAGCUUACAGAAAAUGUUUGGGUACAAAAUGGAGGAGACUGUCCAAACUACCAGGCAGGGUGAAAGGGGGCACAACAAUAGCUAA